AUGAACAACCUAAUUCGGUCAACUGUUCGCUGUCUUCGGUUGAGUUCGUCGGUCUAUCCACCGAGGCAAGUUGAUGGACGAAAUGUGUCGUUGUCAACAUUGCAGUCCUCGGCCCGGCUCAUGUGUUCGGCGCCCUUACAGAAAGACCUUGGCGAUAUGGUGAAGAAAGAUAAGGUGGUGGUGUUUAUGAAAGGGACCCCUGCCCAGCCCAUGUGUGGCUUCAGUAAUGCCGUGGUUCAGAUCUUGAGGAUGCAUGGUGUGACUGAAUAUGCUGCAUAUAACGUGUUGGAUGACCAGGAUCUCAGACAAGGUCAGUACAGCUAGCUACCGUUACAGCUAUAACGUUAGCUGUAACUACUGUCACUUUUUUACUUCCUAUCCUACAGUACUAGCUUAGAUUUGAACCUUUUAAUAUAAAUGGUUUCAGUAAGAUGACAAUAAUUCAUCUCUAUAUGUGGUUGGCUGUAUGUAUGGUACAUCACCCUGUCCAAAAGUAGUUGUACUCCUUUUAAAAUGCUAGGUUCACAAAGUUUUAUCAGCAGGACCAAGAGGGUGUGGUUCAUGUCAAAAGUGUAAGGCUACUUAUGCACUGACAUUUACUAUGCUUGUUAUAGCAAUUUCUGUGACUAGGUAGUCUCCUUAAUUUUUACCAUGGCUGUUGCUAUUCAAUGGGUCUAGGAGAGACAUUGUGUAGCAGCCUGAACACAGGGAAAUGCCUACUUCCAACAUAAGUGUGUUAAUGGAAUUGUGUCUAUUGGCGAAUUGUGUCAGUUGUGUUAGAUUAAUCUUGCAACACCAGCACACUGCUGAAAUUGGGUCAUAAUACUAAAGAUGGUGCCGUACUGUAGAGGCGCCGUUUUGGAAGCUCCGACCCAAUUUUGCUAGUUUGAUUCUUUUGGCAUUUGUUACUUUAUUUUCACGAAAUGUAUCCGCUAUCAUUUGUUAUAACCGACAAUAACUUUUGAACAUCAGAUCGGUAGUUACUUAACUCAAUUCCGACUUCGACUCAACUGCCCUUGGCUCUUUCAGUAAUUCCGACCCAAUUGUCGGGGUAUCGAAGAGGAAACGCCGGCGUUACAGAGGCAAGAGAGAGGGAGUCCUGGCGAGAUUAAGGCAAAGGGAAAACCGGCCACCUCUUCCCUUCAUUUCAUUGGCCAAUCACUUGAUAAUAAGAUGGAUGACCUCCGAUUGCGGAUUUGCUACCAACAGGACUCUCGUAACUGCAAUAUUCUCUGCUUUUCUGAAACAAGAUAAACCCCAUGGGGAGGGGUUUGCCUUUUCAUCAACAACAAAUGGUGUGCUGACUCGAGCGGAGUCUAUGUCUUGACCCAAUGUUCACCCAUCUUGGAAUACCUGAUGGUCAAAUGCCGACCCUUCUACCUACCAAGGGAGUUUUCAGCUGUUAUCGUGACUGUUGUACACAUUCCACCUCAGGACAAGACAAAUAACAAGCUGGCACUUAACAAACUGUAUGAGGCUAUAAACAAGCAGGAAAGCUUGCACCCGGAGGCUACCUUCUUCUUCUUCUUUAAUGUUUUAUGGCAGACUACACCUAUUUUAAUUUAAUCUAUUUUUUACUUAACACUUUUUCUUUUCUUAAACUGCAUUGUUGGUUAAGGGCUUGUGAGUAAGCAUUUCACUGUAAUGUCUACACCUGUUGUAUUCGGCGCAUGUGGCAAAUAAAAUUAGAUUGAUUUGGUGUAUUGCCGCCACCUUUCUGUAGGGGGUAUUGAAACAAAACAAAAAUAAUAUACUCCAUUGUGGGAGGGGGGGGGGUGAGAUAAUACAAAAAUAAAUCAAACAACCAUCCCACUCCUUCAGUCACAUUCAAAUCACAUCCUUACACAGGCUGCCUGUGAGGACCGAGCAUUCAUCGACAGGAUUCCUUGUAAUGCCUCUGCAGAAAAGUCCCUGAGUCCCAAAAAACGCUCAGCCGCACCCACAAUGCCUAUUUUUUUCAGAUUCCCUCUCCGUUUGCGCUGUGCAGUUGAUAACGGCAGGUAGCUUAGUGGUUAAGAGCGUUGUGCCAGUAACCGAAAGGUCGCUGGUUCUAAUCCCCGAGCCGACUAGGUGAAAAAUCUGUCGACGUGCCCUUGAGCAAGGCACUUAACCCUAAUUGCUCCUGUAAGUCGCUCUGGAUAAGAGCGUCUGCUAAAUGACGUAAAUGUAAUGUAAAUAACCAAAGUAAUAAAAGCAACAAAGUCCACCUUAUUAACAUGCAACAUGUCAGGAUCCCUCUGUUGACAAGAAACAUCCUGUGUCUAUUCCUACUACCAUUACUUCUUCAACUUCACUCCUUUCUUCCACUCUUCUCAAUACCUCCAGAUAGGAGACAUUCUGGACAGUCCUUAUUCUUGCCACCUUUGUCUCCUUCACCCUAACAGAGGACACUUCAGAAAUGUGGGUGCACGUUCACCACCACAGUUGCAGCAUUUAGGCUCAGCUGGCAUAUAAUAUUCCUCCUGUCUACAUACACAUGACCAAAUAAUUUACAUUUAUCACACUGCAUGGGUUUUGGCACGAAGGCUCUCACAGGGAAUGUCAUAUAACCCAAAUACACAUGAGAAGGGAGAGACUCUUCAUCAAAAAACAAUAGAAUGGAUGGAGUGGGCUUCCGUACUCCAUCUACCAUGCGGGUCAGUCGUUGUGCACCAACCCCUUGAUCCCAUUCUUCACGUAUAUCCUUUGCAUUUACUUCUAGCGCCACCCCAGAGAUAACACCCUUGAUAGGCGCCCUGCUUCGAAGAUCCGCACACGACACAUUCCAAUCCGACAUCUUCUUGAGGCGCAAAGCACGCUCCUUCUAUUCCAUAGAAAUGCAAAAAAACUAAAUAAGCCCACUUCUUGUUAUUCUCAUCAAUGCCACCUUAUCCAACGCAUCUACAUUUUUAAUAGAGACUUGAAACGGAUCUCCCAGGUAACAAUAUCGAUCCAAAACCCUUAUUCCAACCAAAAAAGACUCAGAACUAGGUUUGGAUUUACUAGUUUCCACUCACUUUACUUCUCUUAUCUCCUUUUGCAUUCUAAUUCUUCCCACUCUCAUCUCCGCUCGACACGUCAGCUAAUUCAAACACAACAUCCGCUUCUGCCAUUUUCUUCCUUCCACCCGGAGGCUGCCUUCCUUGUUGCCAGCAAUUUUAGUUCUGCGUCAUUAAGACACAUGAUGCCCAACUUCCAUCAACAAGUCUCCUUCGCCACUAGGGGCAAUAAAGUCCACUGUUACUCUACCCACAAGCAAGCAUACAAGGUCUUCCAUUCGGCAAAUCAGAUCAUGACUCCGUACUCCUGCUUCCUGUUUUACAAGCAGGCGCUCAAACAGGAAGUACCCAUCAUUCGCUCCGUUGAGAAAUGGUCAUCAGAAUUAGACAUUAUGCUACAGGACUGCUUUGCUAGCGCUGAUUGGAAUAUGUUCCGAGACUCUGCCGAUAACAUCGACGAGCUAAUCACCUCUGUCACCGGCUUCAUUAGGAAAUGCAUCAGCGACGUUGUCCCCACAGUGAAGGUUCGCUGCUUUCCCAAUCAAAAGCCCUGGAUUAACACUGAGGUUGUUAACACUGAGGUUGUCGCUAAAAUAAAGGACAGCGCUGCCGCACACAGGGCUAUCACAGACAACAACCCUGAGGCUACGGCUGAGGACAGGAACAAGUACAAGACGUCCCACUACGACCUCUGCAGAGUCAUCAAACGAGUAAAAGAACAAUAUAUGAAUAAAGUGGAAUCGUAUUGCACAGGCUCCGCCGCAUGUGGCACGUCUACAGUCUAUUACGGAUUACAAAGGAAGACCCAGGCGUGAUCUGCCCAACGAUGCCUCUACCAGACGAACUCAAUGCAUUUUAUUCACGCAUCGACAAUAACACUGUGCUGUGCGUGAAGGUCCCCACCAACCCAGAGUAUGAUCUCACUCUCAGAGGCCGACGUGAGAAAGGUCUUAAAUCAUGUCAACACUCGCAAGGCCUCGGGGCCGGACGGUAUUCCAGGGCGUGUUCUCAGAGCAUGCGCAGAAUAGCUGUCAGGGAUAUUUACAGUAAUUUUCAACCUCUCCUUGUCCCAGUCUGUAAUCGCCACAUCUUAAGCUAACCACAAUCAUUCCUGUUCCCAAGAACACUAAGGCUUCAUGCCACAAUGACUACUGCCCUGUAGCACUGGAAUCUGUAAUCAUGAAGUGCUUUAAAAGGCUGAUUAUGGCACACAUCAACCACAACCUCUCCCUCAACGUCAGUAAGACCAAGGAGUCACUAAGGUCUUAAAGGGGUCCACACACGUGCACAGUCGUGAAUAAGGCAUGACAGCGCCUCUUCCGCCUCAGGAGGUUGAAAAGGUUUGGCAUGGGCCCUCAAAUCCUCAAAGUUCUACAGCUGCACCAUUGAGAGCAUAUUGACUGGCUGCAUCACUGCUUGGUAUGGCAACAGCACCGCCCUCGAUCGCAUGGCCCUACAGAGGGUGGUGCGGACAGCCCAGUACAUCACUGGGGCCAAGCUCCCUGCCAUCUAGGACCUCUAAAUCAGGCAGUGUGAAAGGAAGACCCGGGAAAUCGUUAGACUACAGCCACCCAAUAGACUAUUCUCUCUGCUUCCGCAAGGCAAGAGGUACCAGUGCAUCAAGUCUGACACCAACAGGCUCUUGAACAGCUUCAUUCCCCAAGCCACAAGAAAAUAUCUAUCAAAAUCUGUUGACACUUGUAUUUUAAUUUUUGCACUGUCUCUAUACAUACUCACAGAACUCUACACACGCACGCACACUGACACUCCAUUUGCUCACACAGAACAUGCACAGACAUUUACAGUGCUAUGAAAAAGUAUUUGCCCCCUUUCUAAUUUUCUCUACUUUUGCAUAUUUGUGAUACUAAAUGUUAUCAGAUCUUCAACCAAAACCUAAUAUUAGAUAAAGGGAACAUAAGUGAACAAAUAACACAACAAUUACAUAUUUAUUUCAUUUAUUUCAUAAACAAAGUUAUGCAACACCCAAUUCCCCUGUGUGAAAAAGUAAUUAACCUCAUACACUCAAUAACUGGUUGUGCCACCUUUAGCUGCAAUGACUCCAACCAAAUGCUUCCUGUAGUUGUUGAUCAGUUUCUCACGUCGCUGUGGAGGAAUUUUGGCCCACUCUUCCAUGCAGAACUGCUUUAACUCAGUGACGUGUGUGUAUUCAAGCAUGAACUGCUCGUUUCAAGUCUUGCAUACCACAGUAAGAACAUCAUACCAAAGGUCAAGCAUGGUGGUGUGAUGGUUUGGGGAUGCUUUGCUGCCUCAGGGCCUGGACGACUUGCCUUAAUAGAAGGAACCAUGAAUUCUGCUCUGUAUCAGAGAAUUCUACAGGAGAAUGUCAGACCAUCCGUCUGUGAGCUGAAGCGCAGCUGGGUCAUGCAGCAAGACAAUGAUCCAAAACACACAAUCAAGUCUACAUGAAAAUUACUAAAAAGCAACAAAUUGGAAGUUUUGGAAUGGCCUAGUCAAAGUCCAGACCUAAUCCCAAUUUAGAUGUUGUGGCAGGACUUGAAACGAGCAGUUCAUGCUUGAAAACCCACACAUCACUGAGUUAAAGCAGUUCUGCAUGGAAGAGUGGGCCAAAAUUCCUCCACAGCGACGUGAGAGACUGAUCAACAACUACAGGAAGCAUUUGGUUGGAGUCAUUGCAGCUAAAGGUGGCACAACCAGUUAUUGAGUGUAAGGGGGAAAUUACUUUUUCACACAGGGGAAUUGGGUGUUGCAUAACUUUGUUUAUGAAAUAAAUAUGUAAUUGUUGUUAUUUGUUCACUUAUGUUCCCUUUAUCUAAUAUUCGGUUUUGGUUGAAGAUCUGAUAACAUUCAGUAUCACAAAUAUGCAAAAGUAGAGAAAAUUAGAAAGGGGGCAAAUACUAACUCUACGCACUCACAUACAAUCAUCAUCUACGCUGCUGCUACUCUGUUUGUCAUAUAUCCUGAUGCCUAGUCACCUUACCCCCAUACAUACAAUAUCUACCUCUAUCACUCCAGUAUCCCUGCACAUUGUAAAUAUUGUAUUAGAACUGACCCUGUAUAUAGCUUACUUGGUUCUCGUGUUUUUAUUUGUAUUUCUUGUGUGUUCUUGUUCUACCUUUUUUAUUAUUUUUAGUAUUAUUGAUUACUGCAUUGUUGGGUUUAGAAGAAAAAAAAGGCUUUUCGGUGUACUUGUGCACGUGACAACUUUAAACAUGAUGGAUAUUGGUAAUAGUUACACUUGUUAACUCUUUGUCUCUCUUACAGGAGUGAAGGACUUCUCCAACUGGCCCACAAUCCCACAGAUUUUCUUAAAUGGCGAGUUUGUGGGCGGCUGUGACAUCCUCCUACAGAUGCACCAGAACGGAGACCUGGUAGAGGAGCUCCAGAAGCUGGGGAUCCGCUCUGCACUGCUGGACUCUGAAAAUGAAUCCAAGUAG